GGGAGAGAGGAGCGCGGGAGAGGGCGGUUCCCGUUCUACCGCGUAGCCGGAUGUUUGCCGAGCUUUGACAGGCGUGGCAGAGGGAGCAGUACCCGACCACGGUUUCUCUUCAGGUUCUGUGGAGUGAAGCUGUGGGGGACAGGCCUGCUCAUGGACCCGCUUUCAGAGUUGCAGGAUGACCUGACCUUGGAUGACACCAGCCAGGCCCUGAACCAGCUGAAGCUAGCCUCCAUUGAUGAGAAGAACUGGCCGUCGGAUGAAAUGCCUGACUUUCCCAAGUCAGAUGACUCCAAAAGCAGUUCCCCGGAACCUGUUACUCACCUGAAGUGGGAUGACCCUUACUACGACAUUGCCCGGCACCAGAUUGUGGAGGUGGCAGGAGAUGACAAGUAUGGGCGGAAGAUCAUUGUGUUUAGUGCCUGCCGAAUGCCCCCGAGCCACCAGCUGGACCACAGCAAACUCCUGGGGUACCUGAAGCGCACGUUGGACCAGUACGUGGAGAGCGACUACACGCUGCUCUACCUGCACCACGGCCUGACCAGCGACAACAAGCCCUCCCUCAGCUGGCUCCGGGAUGCCUACCGCGAGUUUGACCGCAAGUACAAGAAGAAUAUUAAGGCCCUGUACAUCGUGCACCCCACCAUGUUCAUCAAGACCCUGCUUAUCCUCUUUAAGCCCAUCAUUAGCUUCAAAUUUGGGCAGAAGAUCUUCUAUGUGAACUACCUGAGCGAGCUGAGCGAGCAUGUGAAGCUGGAGCAACUGGGGAUCCCUCGCCAAGUGCUCAAGUAUGACGACUUCCUCAAAUCCACACAGAAGAGUCCUGCCACGGCCCCCAAGCCCAUGCCACCACGGCCCCCUCUGCCCAACCAGCAGUUCGGGGUCUCGCUGCAGCACCUCCAGGAGAAGAACCCAGAGCAGGAGCCCAUUCCUCUUGUGCUCCGGGAGACCGUUGCCUACCUGCAGGCCCACGCUCUCACCACUGAGGGGAUUUUCCGGAGGUCAGCCAACACCCAAGUUGUACGGGAAGUACAGCAGAAGUACAACAUGGGGCUGCCAGUGGACUUCGACCAGUACAAUGAUUUGCACCUGCCGGCUGUCAUCCUCAAGACCUUCCUCCGGGAGCUUCCUGAGCCCCUGCUCACCUUUGACCUCUACCCCCACGUUGUGGGCUUCCUCAACAUUGAUGAGAGCCAGAGAGUGGAAGCGACGCUGCAGGUGCUCCGGACGCUGCCUGAGGAGAGCUACCAGGUGCUUCGUUUCCUCAUUGCCUUCCUGGUGCAGAUUUCUGCCCACUGUGACCAGAACAAGAUGACCAACACUAACCUGGCUGUUGUCUUUGGCCCUAACCUGCUGUGGGCCAAGGAUGCUGCCAUCACCCUCAAGGCCAUUAAUCCCAUCAACACGUUCACCAAGUUCCUUCUGGAUCACCAAGGGGAGUUGUUCCCCAGCCCUGACUCCAGGGGGCUCUGAGCCCUGCCCUGCUGCCCCUUCUUGGAGAGCCCCAACUGGGACUCUUCCUCCUGGCUUCAGCCUUAUCGGAGCUUGGGGCUCCUGCCCAUGAAGGGGCCGUGAGCCCCUGCGGGCUGGAAGCUGGGGCCAGCCAGCCGGGCAGCUCUUCCUCCCCUUCUGUCCAGCCCGCCUCGCCAGCCCUGGAGUCCUCGCUGUAACCACGAGACGUUUUUCUUCGCCUUAUACUUCUCACUGCCUCCUUGGAUCCCUGGCUCCUUGCCAGGCUCUGCAGACCUGGCCUUGGCUCUAACCGGCGGGGAAAAAGACUGGCCCCAGCAGCUGCUUCCCCACUUUCCCCUGCCUCUCUUUUCCUGGCAACUGCAGAUGCCUCUGUCAUGCCAGCUGGGCUGGUAGCUGGGGCUGGUCCCCUUCCUGGCUGCUGGGGGGUAAGCAGCUGAGCUGGGCUGGCUUGGGCCCGCCCUACCAACGCACCUCCCAGCCUCGGUGAAGGCCUGUGCGCAAAGCAUCUGCUGCUGUCCUCCCCUCUAAAGGUUCAGCCUUGGGUGUUGACACAGCUAAGGACUGGCAAGGCCAGAGGCUGCUUCCUACUUCUGCCUCCUUCUCUUGCACACAUCCUGGGUCAGCCCUUCUCAAGUGAUACUGCCCCCAGGAUGUUCCUGCCCCCUGGUUCUGCCAGGACUGGCAGCUUGGAUGAUAGGGCUGAGUCCCAGCAUCCAUCUGAAACAGACACUCCAUUCCUACCCAGAAGCCCCCUGUGUCUGGUCGGGCCAGUGACAAGCAGUCUCAGCCCUCCAUGCCUUGCCUCCCCUCCCUUCCCACUCUCGCAGAUCCUCAGCCUAAGCACUUGUAGGCGGGUCUGUGGUGGGGUCACACAGGUCCCUGCUCCGGCCAGAAGCGACUCAGUGCCUCAGGAUCUGUGGCUUCUUCCUCCAGCUAGUGACUCCUGGAGGGGCUGAGCAGAGACCUUGCUAAUUAAGUCAAGCCCUGCCACGGGAGUUCUAGCAAGGUCCCCCAGGGCCCUGUCGUCUUUAAGAAACCCUGGACCCCGAUCAUUGGUACUUCUCAUCCCAACUGUGUUCCUUAGAAUUACCCGCCUUCUUGGUGAACCCCGGGGACCCCACUUCCUGCAGUCUUGUCCCCUGGCAGCAGAGGGAAGUACCUGCACAGUGGCCCUGGCCCCCUAGCCUUGGCCCGAGUCUGUACCGUGGCGGCCCUCAUUGACCAGACCAGCCCCAUCUGUGUGGUGGGUGUGGCCUCAGUCUUGACCUCACUGGGCUCUCCCCCGAAGAUGCUAGCAUGUCAGGACUCCUGGGGGCCUGGAGUGGCUGCUGGUUCCUUGUCAGUCCCUGUGUCUCUGGCCCGAGCCGGGCUUCUGCUUUCUGCCCUCCUUUGUGUACCAGGUGUUACGCACAGCCCCAUUUACUGGGGAGCCUCAUAGAUCUCUGGUCUUUCUCCUGUCCCCUGUCCCACUGGUCUGUCCCCGGGGGGAGGGGAGAGUACUGUGAAUCAAGUGUUCACAUUCACACUUAAUGACUUCCUGGGCACCAAUCAUGUAUUUCACCUUUGCACUUUUUGUAUUUCAAUAAAAAAGGAGAUGGAAAACUGCC